AUGGAUCCGGAUCCGAAUCCUAACAGAAGAACCAUUCGGGUUGUGAUGCUGCCCUGGCUGGCUCACGGCCAUCUAUCCCCCUUCCUAGAGCUAGCCAAGGUCCUCUCCAAGCGAAACUUCUACAUUUACGUCUGCUCCACACCCGUCAACCUCGCUCCAAUCAAAGGAAACCUCUACCGGAAGAAGUACUCCUCGCUCGGAAUCGAGCUGGUGGACCUCAAUCUUCCGCCGUCGCCGGAGCUUCCACCCUGUCGCCAAACCACCAAUGGCCUCCCUCCCCGCCUCAUGUCCACUCUCAAAACAGCCUUCGACAUGGCCAAGCCAGAAUUCCACCGAGUCUUGGAUUCCAUAAAACCGGACUUGCUCAUCUACGACUUUCUCCAGCCCUGGGCGCCGGAAGUGGCUUCCGAAAGCGGUAUUCCGGCCGUCCUCUUCCUCAGCACCGGCGCCGCCGCCUCUUCCUACUUCUUCCAUCUCGAACUCAACCCCAGCUCCGAGUUCCCCUCUCCGGCGAUCUACAUUCGGGGCUACGAGAAAGCCAAGCUUGACCACGUAACCAAAUCCGUCGCGAACGGCAUAACGGACCCCGAGAGAGCGAGCAAGUGCUGGGAGCGAUCGACAAACAUCGUCUUGAUCAAGACUUCCAGGGCCCUGGAGGGUAAAUACAUCGAUUACCUCUCGAUUUUAAGGAACAAGAGAAUGAUCCCCGUUGGCCCCCUUAUACAAGACCCAGUCCUCGAAGUCGAAGAUGGUAACAAGCCGGAGAUAAUCCGAUGGCUGGACGAAAAGCCACCGAGAUCAACUCUGUUCGCUUCUUUCGGCAGCGAGUACUUCCUCUCCAGCGACGAGAUCAAAGAGAUCGCUCACGGGCUGGAGCUAAGCGCUGUCAACUUCAUCUGGGUCGUCCGGUUUCCAGCCGGCGAGAAAAGCAGGGUCGAAGAAGCGCUCCCAGAAGGGUUUAUGGAGAGGAUAAAAGAUAGAGGAAGGGUGGUGGAGGGGUGGGCGCCACAGGCGAGAAUUUUAGGGCAUGGAAGCGUGGGAGGGUUUCUGAGCCACUGUGGAUGGAGCUCGUUGAUGGAGGGGAUAGCGUUUGGGGUUCCGGUGGUAGGGUUGCCGAUGCAUUUGGAUCAGCCAUUGAAUUGUAGGAUGGUGGAGGAGGCAGGGGUUGGGGUGGAAGUGAGGAGAGAUGGGGGAGGGAGGGUGGAAAGAGGGGAGGUGGGGAGAGUGGUGAGGGAGGUGGUGGCGAGGAAAAGCGGGGAAGCCAUUAGGAUGAGAGUAUUGGAAGAGUUGAGGGUGGAAAUGAGGACGAAGGGGGAGGCGGAGAUGGAAGCAGCGGUGGAGGAGCUGCUCAAGCUGUGCUGUGGGAAGUACUCAUCUGUGCUGUAGGCCAUUAAAAUACUCUGCUUCGGUUGUAAUUAAAAAUGCAUGCAUUGCGGUUCGGCCCAUCUCCAAUGGAUAGAUAAUAAAAAGUAAAUUCUUAAUUAGUUUUAAGUGUUUGGGCUUUCUUAAAUACAACUUCUCACUGUUUAACCA